AUGGAUACAGAGCAAACUGUUACUGGAAUGAGUCUGCUACAUAAUUUAUCUACUAGCAGCAAAGGAAAGCUCAAAUGGACAGCCGAUUUUGAGGCUCUACAAAGAUUUGUCGCAGAAGUCUUGGUUUUGUCAGACGGCGAAUGGACCACGCCGGGAGGACACGCAAAGCUUUGCCAAAAUGAAAGCAUCUCUAUCCGCUGGUAUUCUGAUACCGAAUCGAUCACCAUUAGUGGUAAAGACGAAAAGGAAUUCAAGGAGAAGCUGUUGAAAUUAGCCUCAAUUUCAGCGGGUUUAGCUAACGACGAGGACAAGCUCGUGGAUGUUGUUGAGAAAAACAG